AUGAUUAACAAUUCAAUCAUCAUUCUGAGCCUGGUAGUUCUCCAUAGUUCCUUUACAAAUGGAAAAACAGCAUGUAAAUGGCAGUCGGUUCAAGAAUGGCAUCCACAACCCUCAUCAUAUGUGGUGAAUUGGACACUAACACACAACAUCUGCAUUAACUUCUACAGAGAUUGCUGGGUUUGGGGUGUAAACACUAAAAUGAAUAUUUCACGCAAUCAAGUUGUUCCCCAGAUAUGCCCUUUGCAGAUUCAAUUAGGAGACAUUCUUGUAAUUUCUUCUGAUCCAUCUCUUCAAUUUUCAGAGAUAAAUUUGAUGAAUGUUUCUGAAGCAUCUUUCAUUGACUGUGUACAAAAUACCACAGCUGAAGAUCAGUUACUUUUUGGUUGCAAACUAAAAGGGAUAAACACUGUUAAUCCACUGUGGCAGAGUGCUGGCACACAUUAUUUUAUCACAGUAAUGGCAAGUGGUCCAUCACUUUGUCAACUGGGACUUCGACUAAAUGUGACAGUCAAAUAGCAGUUCUGCCAAGAAUCUCUAAGUUCAGAAUUUUGCUCUGGGCAUGGUAAAUGUCUUAGUGAAGUUUGGAAGAAGACAUAUAGCUGCCAUUGUCAGACUCCAUUUUAUGGAAAAUACUGCCAAGAACUUGAUACCUGUUACUUUAGACCAUGUAAAAAUAAUGGUAGUUGCAUCAACAAAAAAGAAAAAUGGGGUAAAGAAGGCUACGAAUGUAUCUGUCACCCAUCAUUUACUGGCAGAAAUUUUACAGAAAUAAUUGGCCAAUGUAAACCACAAAUCUGUAUCCAUGGAAACUGCAGUAACAUUACAGCUAGUAGUUUCAUUUGUGAACGCGAUGAACAAUUUACAGGCCCAUUCUGUGAGGAGCUAAUGAAAUCUCCUAUUUCUCAUUCUUGUUCGGACUGCUCUGCUUACAUCUGUGAAUGCUCAGAAGGAUUUUUUAGUCAAAGUUGUGAAACUGAUGUCAAUGAGUGUUCCUCGGCAGCAUGUCAGAAUGGCGCUGGCUUUGUCAAUAUACCAAGUGUAAAUCCGAAUGAUGUUGUGUGUAUAUCAUCACUAACAUAUAUAGGCAAGCUUUGCAAGAUAAAUGAAACAUCACAGAAUUCAUUUUCCUGGAAGAGUAAUGUUGAAUGUAUUAAAUGUGAGGAAGACUACCAAUACAGUUGUAUGCCAGGGUUUACUGGAAAAAACUGUGAGAAAGUAAUUGACCAGUGUAGACUGCUCAGCAUCAACUGUCUGAAUGAAGAAUGGUGUUUCAAUGUAAUUGGAAGAUUCACAUAUAUAUGCAUUUCAAGGUGCACAAAAAAUCCAUUUGGGUUUGUGAAGAAGUUGUACUUAAUUCAUCAGUACUCCUGCUACUGUGGAGUUAUCUGCAAUGAUAUUUGCGAAAACAAAGUCUCUCCUCAAUUUGAAUACGUGUGGAAAUUGGAAUUAACAGGAUCUGAAGAUGAAAAAUGCAAAGUGAUUAUUGAUGUCUUCGUUAUUCUGGCUGCAAACUGCCCAACAGAGAUUUUUGCAAAGAGAUGCAGUUAUUUGAGUGAUGGAGAUAGUCAGGAAUAUUGCUGUCUGUGCAUUCUGAGAGGUGCUGCCAAAAGGUGUCUACAAAAUACAAAUCAAGGGAAUAGAUGCCAACAUGAAGUCAUUUAUAAAGAUGAAGUUAAUACCUCCAGGUGCAGUUGUUCUUUGGGUUACCUUGGCAGAUUCUCUAUUACCAAUGUUGAAAAUUGCACAGGAACACAUAGUACAUCAUUUCAUGGCCUCUGCCUGGCCCACUUGCACAACUGUAACAGUAGCUGUCUGCAAAGAUAUGAAAGAAACAUCUGUGAAAGAGAAACUGAAGAUUGUCAAUUUUCACCCUGCAAAAAUGGAGCAACCAGUAUUCAUUUGGCUUGGUAUUUCUUCUUUACAAGAUGUGAAACAGAUACUAAUGAGUAUGUGUCACAGCCCUUCAAGAAAGCAGCCACCUGCAUUGACCAACCAGGUAAUUACUUCUGCCAAUAUGUAGCUCCAUUUAAAGUGGUUGGUGGCCUUUCCUGCCUAUGCAACCCAGGUUACGCUGGGCAGCGCCAUGAGUGGGACACUGAUGACUGUAUCCUGAAUGUCUGUGAGCACAAUUCAUCCUGCAAAGAUCUGCAUCUUAGCUACCAGUGUGUAUGUCUGUCUGGUUGGGAAGGAACUUUUGGUGAACAAGAAACCAAUGAGUGCAAAAAGAAUCCUUGCAAGAACAAUUCCACCUGUACUGACCUUUACAAAAGCUAUCGCUGCGAAUGUGCAUCUGGAUGGACUGGACAAAACUGUAGUGAAGAAAUAAAUGAAUGUGAUUCUGACCCAUGCAUGAAUGGAGCUCUUUGUCAUGAAUCUACCAUCCCUGGGCAAUUUGUAUGUCUCUGCCCACCCUUUUAUACUGGACAAUUUUGCCAUCAACACUCUAACCCCUGUGAUCUACUCAAUGAGUCUUGCAGAAACAAUGCAACAUGCUUGACUUCAGCAGAUGGAAAUCAUCAUUGCAUUUGUAGAGAAGGAUUUGAAGGUGAACACUGUGAAAUUGACAAGAAUGAGUGUCUCUCCCUUCCCUGCCAGAAUUAUGGUGACUGUGAAGAUGAGGUCAAUAAUUUCAGAUGUGUUUGCAGGCCUGGGUUUUCUGGACCUCUAUGCGAAACAGAAAUUAAUGAAUGCUCCUCUAAACCUUGCAAAAAUAAUGGAAUAUGUGUGGAUCUUGAAAACAGAUUUUUAUGUAAUUGUCAAUCUGGAUACCAUGGAUCUUUGUGUGAAUUGAAUGUAAAUGAAUGUAAAACCCAACCUUGUCUAGAUGGAGAAAAAUGUUCCACCAACACUGGUAGACACACCUGCCUCUGUGCUCCUGGUUAUACAGGCAUUGAUUGUGAGGUAAAUAUAGAUGAAUGCCAAUCAGAGCCCUGUCUCCAUGAAGGAGUUUGUAUUGAUGGCAUCAAUCAUUACAUCUGUGCCUGCAAGAGUGGGUUUUUUGGAAUGCACUGUGAAAGAAAUGCAAAUGAUUGCCUCUCAAAUCCUUGUCUACAUGGAAGGUGCAUAGAUCUCCUUAAUGAAUAUCAAUGUUCAUGUGAUACUGAGUGGACUGGAACAAGAUGUGAGGUCAAGAUUAAUGACUGCACAUCAAUCCCUUGUAUGAAUGGGGGCUUCUGUCAGAAGUUGGUAAAUGGAUUUACUUGCAUUUGCCCACAUGGAUACACUGGUACAUACUGUGAAAAAAUCAUCAAUAGUUGUCCUGAGCCUGACCUGAGUUUGGUCCUCUGUCUAAAUGGAGGAAUUUGUGUUGAUGAACCUGGACACACUUUUAACUGCAGAUGCCUUCCUGGAUUUUCUGGUCAAUUUUGUGAAGUUAAUAUAAAUGAAUGUACUUCAUCACCAUGUCUGCAUGAAGCAAUCUGUGAAGAUCAUAUCAAUGGGUACAUUUGCAAAUGUCAACGAGGAUGGUCUGGACAUCACUGUGAGAAGGGACUUGACAUUCCCCACUCAUGUACUCCCAGGUUAUGCAUGGAAGAUGAAUCUGGCUCCACUUGUUUAUGCAUACCCGGAUCUGUGAGCUGCUCCACUGUGCUUCUUUGUGAUGAUGAAAUAAGCAGCAUCACCAGUUCACCUCUCACCUCUCCAAGCCCAGAUGUCAUUUUUAAACAAAUAUAUACAGUGCCUGCUUCUGAGAUCUUGGUCAGUACCUUCCCAUCUGCAAAGGCUACAAAAAUAUGGACCGUAAUGAAUACUUACCUGGGCAAUGAAGCUCCAAUGCAGACUGAUAUUUUCAAGCAUGAUGUUGUUGCAACCACUGGUUUGGCAGCAUUAAGUAUUGAUAGUUUUGAAAGCUAUUUACUCAAAGAACUGAUUUCCACUAGAGAGCUUUCAGUAAAACAGAGUCUUCUUUCUUCCACAGAUGUUUCCUCCUCUCAAUUUCUGAAAUUUGGUGUUCAUGAUCCAGCACAAAUUGUCUGGGGCAAAACAUCUGCAUCACAUAUGCCUAUCCAAACUUCAGCGACUACACCAGCAUUUUUUUUUCCUCAUCAGGGAGCAAGGACCCCAUUUAUCAUCUCUUCCUUAAUGACAGAUUUUAUUUUUCCCACACCAUAUUCAUUAUUUGAGGACUAUCAGACUGUUGCCUUUUCUGCUGCCACAAUGAAUUCAAUAAUUAGUAGCAUUCCAGGAGCUGAUAUUAAGUUAAACAGGCACUCAUUACUCUCCCAUGGAUUCCUGCUCACAACUGCUUCCACAAGUGUACCUCCAAUUGUCUCUAGGAGGGCUCAAGAGGAUAUUGAAGAAUAUUCAGCUGUUUCCUUAAUUUCAAGAAGAAAGCACUGGAGAUUGCUGAACCCCUCAAUGUCUCCCAUUUUUCCUGCUAAGAUAAUUACAUCCAAACAGGUAGCCAUCUUAAACUCAUCAACUCUGCACCAAUUCAGUACACAAGCCCCCAUUCCCAGUGAAUAUUGGGUUAUUACUGAAGCAUCUAGCAACCAGAGACUCACAAACAUCAAAUCACAGGCUGCUGAUUCUUUAAGUGAAUUAAGCCAAACUUGUGCAACAUGUUCUAUGACUGAAAUAAAAUCCUCUCAUGAAUUCUCAGAUCAGGUUUUGCAUAGCAAACAGUCCCACUUUUAUGAGACAUUCUGGAUGAACUCAGCGAUAUUAGCCAGCUGGUAUGCACUAAUGGGAACUCAAACUAUCACUUCUGGGCAUUCUUUUUCUCCUCACACUGAAAUAAUACCAUCAGUAGCAUUCACAGAACUGUCAUCUUUGUUUCCGUCUAAAAAGAGUGCAAAAAGAACCAUUUUAUUUUCAUCCUUGGAAGAAUCCAGUACCCUAUCAAGUAAUUUAGAUGUUAAUUUAUGUCCGAAUGAAACUUGUUUAUCCAUCAUAUCUUCCCAAACUAUGUCUGCAGACUUGAUGUAUUCUGAUUUGACUUCAAAACUGACUACUGAUGAUUUGUCCGUAUCAGAAAACAUUUUUAAACUAUUGAGAUUAGGAAAAUAUAGUGUAACUAUGGGUCCCACUGAGGCACUAAAUCAAGACAGUUUAUUGGACAUGGAAGAGGGUAAAGUAUCUCAUCAAUUAUUCAAACUUCACACAAGCGAUAGCUCUCUAGAUUUUGAACUAAAUUUACAACAGUAUUCUGAUGUAACUUUAAAAGUAUAUUCAGAAAUCAUAUAUUCAAAUGACCUCAAAAGCAAUCGACUGCUAUAUACAGACUCAGUACCUGACUUUGCAGAAGUAACUCCUAGUGUUGGAUUUUAUACAGUGACAGCAACUGAACCAGUUCCAGUACAGACCUCUUUACCCAUGUCUCUAAUUAGACCAGAUUGGUCAUAUUAUUUGGACUAUCUGACCUCAACACCUGAUUUAAAGGAAGAGAUCAGGACUUCUUCAGAAUGGUCUAAAUGGGAACUUCAUCCUAGUGUGCGUGUUCAGGAAUCUCCUGCUGCAGGCCAGAGUCUUUCUGUCACUGGAUCUCUUACUUCACCAUCACUGGAAUCCAUCCUUGCAACUCAACAACUGAUGAUUUCUGAUUUCAGUUGUGUUUGCUAUUAUGGAGAUUCCUAUCUAGAAUUUCAGAAUGUGUUUUUAAAUUCACAAAAUAACAUCACCCUAGAAUUUCAGACCUUCAGUCCCUAUGGACUCCUGCUGCAUGUCAAGCAAGACUCAAAUUCACUAGAUGGAUUUUUUAUUCAAUUGUUUAUUGAAAAUGGUACUUUAAAGUACCACUUUUACUGUGCUGGUGAAACAAAAUUGAAAAGCAUUCACACUACUAUUAGAGUGGAUGAUGGACAAAGGUAUAGACUGUUUAUCAGGCAAGAAUUGGACCCAUGUAGAGCUGAACUGACUAUUCUAGGAAGAAUUAUAGAAAACAGCAUAUCUGUCAAUGACAUACCAGGACAACCACUGCCCAAUUCAGGAUCUGUCUUUAUUGGUGGAUUACCAGAUCUUCAUGCAAAAAAACAGAUUUCUGGACCAGUUGAGAAUUUCAUUGGCUGUAUACAAGUUAUAGAAAUCAAUAACCAGGGAACUUUCGUCCCAUCCAAGGCAGUGAAAAAAAAUCAUGUUGAAAACUGCAGAUCUCAAGAUCUGUUUCCAGAGGCCUCCGUUUUUCCUUCCGGUAUGAUGAAAGGGACUGAUUCCUGGUGCACUUCCUUCAGUUCUUCUCCUGCUGCACCAUCUGUCUGUCAGAACAACGAGUGCCACAAUGGAGGCACUUGCCGCCCCCUCUUCCUGUCAAGCACUGUCAUUUCCUUCCAGUGCGACUGUCCACUACAUUUCACAGGCCGUUUCUGCGAAAAAGAUACAGGUUUGUUUUUUCCAUAUUUCAAUGGGAAUUCCUAUUUGGAACUGCCUUUCUUUACAACCCUGGAUGAAUCAAAGUUUUUCCUGGAGAAAGAACACAGUAGAAUUGUCACCAUCUACUUGACUAUAAAAACAAAUGCGUUAAAUGGAACUAUUCUCUACAGUAUCGAGAGUAAUUUUGGAAAACAGUUCCUUCAUUUAUUUCUUCUGGAAGGAAGGCCCACAGUUAAAUAUGGAUGUGGAGGCUCUCAAAAUAUCCUGACUCUUUCUGCUAAUUAUAGCAUUAACAACAAUGUGUUCAUCCCUAUCACAAUACGCUUCACGAUGCCAGGUGACAGUCCUGGGUUUGCUUGUAUGAUUGAAAUGGCUGCUUAUGGAAAACCGCCAUUACAGAAAAAAGAUGCAGAGACUCCCAAUACCUCUCAGGUAUAUUUUGAAUCAAUAUUCCUUGGUCAUGUCCCUGAAAAUGUAAAGAUCCAUAAGCAUGUGGGCCACAUUCAUGGGUUCAGGGGCUGCAUUAGAGAACUUCAAGUAAACAACAAAGAAUUCUUCAUUAUUGAUGAAGCACUACGUGGGAGGAACGUCAAGAACUGCCAAGUGCCCUGGUGUUCCCGUCAUCUAUGCCAUAACAACAGUACUUGCAUCAGCGACAGUGACAACUGGUUUUGUGAGUGUCCAAGGCUGUACUCUGGCAAGCUGUGCCAGUUUGCAAGUUGUGAAAACAGCCCAUGUGGAAAUGGUGCCACCUGUGUUCCCAAAUCAGGAACAGACUUUGCCUGCCUCUGCCCGUAUGGGAGAUCUGGACUCCUCUGCACUGAUGCUAUUAAUAUUACUCAGCCCAGUUUCAGUGGCACGGAUGCCUUUGGAUACACUUCGUUCCUGGCUUAUUCACGGGUUUCAGACAUCAGCUUCAGUUAUGAAUUCCACUUGAAGUUUCAGCUGGCGAACAAUCACUCAGCACUGCAAAACAAUUUGAUAUUUUAUACUGGACAGAAAGGCCAUGGGCUCAAUGGCGAUGACUUCCUGGCAGUGGGUCUGCUGAACGGCAGUGUGGUUUACAGUUAUAACCUGGGAUCUGGCAUAGCAAGCGUCAGGAGCGAGCCCCUUGAUCUGAGCCUUGGAAUCCACACUGUCCAUCUGGGGAGGUUCUUCCAAAUGGGCUGGAUGAAGGUAGAUGACCAUAAAAAUAAGUCUGUCAUAUCCCCAGGAGAACUGGUCGGUCUCAAUGUCUUCAGUCAGUUUUAUGUAGGUGGUUACAGUGAAUACACUCCAGAUCUCUUACCAAAUGGAGCCAAUUUUAAAAAUGGUUUUCAAGGUUGCAUUUUCGAUAUUGAAGUUCGCACAGAGAAGGAAGGCCGUUUCAGAGGCCUUGGAGUUCCCGAGGGCCACCCGAAUGCAGGGCGCAGCGUUGGCCAGUGUGAGGCUUCUCCUUGCAGUGUCAUGAAAUGUGGCAAUGGGGGAACGUGCGUAGAGAGUGGAUCUACUGUUUACUGUAACUGUUCUGCAGGGUGGAAAGGAGCAUUCUGCACAGAGACAGUCACUUCCUGCGAUCCUGAACAUGACCCUCCUCACCGCUGCAGCAAAGGAGCAACAUGUAUUUCAUUGCCUCAUGGAUACACCUGUUUCUGUCCUCUAGGAACCACUGGAAUCUACUGUGAACAAGCACUAAUCCCCAACAUGGUCUUGAAAAAUCCACAAGCAGCAGAGUGGAAGGUCAAGGAGGAAACUUUAUCUAUAAGUGAUCCAUCUUUCAGAAGUAAUGAGUUAUCCUGGAUGUCUUUUGCUUCUUUUCCUAUUCGAAAAAGAACACAUAUUAAAUUGCAGUUUCAGCCUCUUGCUGCAGAUGGCAUCCUAUUUUACGUUGCACAACACUUAAAAGUGCAAUCAGGUGACUUUUUUUGUCUCUCCAUAGUAAAUGGUUUUGUUCAGCUUCGCUAUAACCUUGGUGACAGAACUCUCAUUCUGGAAACUCUCCAAAAAGUAACUAUCAAUGGAAGCACUUGGCAUGUGAUUAAAGCAGGACGUAUUGGUGCUGAAGGCUACUUGGAUCUAGAUGGGAUAAAUGUAACAGGAAAAGCCUCUGCUAAAAUGAGUUUUCUGGAUACGAAUACAGACUUCUAUAUUGGAGGAGUAUCAUCUUUACAUCUUGUAAAUCCCAUGGCCAUAGCAAAUGAACCUCUGGGUUUUCAAGGUUGCAUUCGAGAAGUUAUUAUAAAUAAUCAAGAAUUGCAGUUAUCUGAAUUAGGGGCAAAAGGUGGCUCUAAUGUGGGUGACUGUGAUGGGACAGCUUGUGGGUACAAUGUAUGCAGAAAUGGGGGUAAAUGCACAGUAAAUGGUACAACCUUUUCUUGUAGAUGUUCACCACAUUGGGCUGGAAAUACAUGUAACCAGCCUGUGUACUGUUUGAAUAAUCUUUGUCGCCACCAAUCUCUAUGUAUACCUACUCAAUCACUUUCUUACAGUUGUCUGUGUACUUCAGGUUGGGUGGGAAGGUACUGUGAAAACAAAACUUCAUUUUCAACUGCAAAGUUCAUGGGUAAUUCUUACAUUAAAUACAUUGAUCCAAAUUACAGAACAAGGAACCUUCAGUUCACAACUGUAUCCUUAAAUUUCAGUACUACUGAAACAGAAGGCUUAAUUAUAUGGAUGGGGAAAGCUCAAAAUGAAGAAAAUGACUUUCUAGCUAUUGGGCUUUAUAAUAAAACCUUGAAAGUAGCAGUUAACCUAGGAGAAAGAGUCUCUGUAUCCAUGAGGUAUAGCAAAGUCACAUUCUGUUGCAACAAAUGGCACCAUAUAGUUUUAAUUCAAAACCAAACUCUUAUCAAAGCCUACUUAGAUAGUAGUCUAAUCCUUUCUGAGGACAUUGAUCCAUACAAAAAGUUUGUUGCCCUAAAUUAUGAUGGUAUUUGCUAUUUCGGAGGCUUUGAAUAUGGUCGAAAGGUAAAUGUUGUUACUCAGGAGAUUUUUAAGAGAGACUUCAUUGGCAAAAUUAAAGAUGUUGUAUUUUUUCAGGAUCCCCAAAAAAUUGAUUUAAUUAAAUCAGAGGGAUAUAAUGUUUAUAAUGGAGAUGAACAAUAG